UUUAAAUAUUGAAUAUCACGGGAAAUAUCAAUAACAUUUAGUGUUCCUCAAUCACUUUGGCGCUUUACUCUUCCUUAUAUACAUCAACGGGGCUCUGCGUUCUAAAACACUCACAUACGCAGAUUAUGUCAAGCUUUUUAAUCGUUUGUUGUAUUGAAGACAGAGAACUCUUGCAGCUCGGUGUUACAAUGGAAUUAAGUCAAAAGCCGUCUUAGUUUUCAGUAAAUGUUGAGCUAAGGAUUUCAAUGAACCAUACAUUACAAAAUUUACUUAACUUGUGAGACCCAUUUUGGAAUACUCUUCAGUUUAAUGGUAUCAACACUAUGUGAACUGUAAUAAAUUGGAAUCUCUACAAAAGCAAUUUCUACUAUUCGCAUAAGGAAAUAACAUUGGGAUACGGGUUCUUCCGCUUACAAGUUUCACAAUGGGGUCUAAUCAUAUUUCCGAUAUUCUGGCCACGCAUGAAUAUAUGACUUUGGAACAGCAACAACACCAAAUGCAUCAACAUCAAUUAAAUUCCAGCAUUAGUAGUGAAAAUCCAAGAUCUCCAAUUGAUUUGCCGGAAGGAUCAUCACGACCUGUGCGGAGAGCUAGUCAAAGAACUACACAGUUAAGCAAUAAUAAUUAUGAGAUGGAAAUGACAGAUUCAAGUUCACAAAGCGAUGACACAAGUGGCGGUGGCGGCAGCAGUAAUGGCGGCAGUGCACGACCAUCCAGCCGCGGUAGGAAUACUUUAUCAGGCUCCACACAAAAUCGCCGCAGGAAAGGUGUUCUCAAUGCAAAGGAACGUAAUCUGCGGCGAUUGGAGUCAAAUGAGCGCGAACGCAUGAGAAUGCACAGCUUAAAUGAUGCUUUUCAGUCUCUACGUGAAGUUAUACCCCAUGUGGAAAUGGAGCGCCGUCUAUCCAAAAUAGAAACUUUAACUUUGGCCAAAAACUAUAUUAUCAAUUUGACACAUAUAAUUCUCUCGAAACGUAACGAAGAGCCAUCCCUGGAUUUGAAUGGUGUCAUCUUGAAUGGCGCCACCACCGAUCUAAGUUGCCAAAAUGGUAUGGGAGUAAACGAUGUUGGCCUUGGCGUUGGGGUUGGUAUUUUGAAUUUAAAUGGUAGCAGCAAUGGUGGUAAUGUCAAUGGGCCCGGUCCCGGUUCCGGUUCCUGCUAUGAGGAUGUGCUCACGAAUGGUACAAAUUCAUAUGAUUGCGCCUUAGCAGCAUCGGAUGUAGUGAAUCAGCAGACACCACGUCUAACAACCGCCACUACAACAAUACAAAUACAGAACCAAAGUCUCAGCCAUAUGCAGCCACAGUUAUCGCAGCAUCUAAUGCAAGGCAAUCACAAUCAGUUGAUGCUGCAACAACCAACAACAACUGCAUUACUUUUGAACAAUGGUUUUGAUGCGAAUGACAACAACAACAACUACGAUGAACCAUUUCGAGAAUUUAUAUAAACUUUUGAAAUGAAAAAAUAAAAAUCAAGUGGGUGGAUAAAAGAAAUUAAAUAUUUAUUUGUUAAAUGCCAAUUACCAAACCAAAGAGGUUACGACCGGACUAAGUUAUUGGUUAGUUC